AUGGUUCACAUGGAGACUCCCAAGGAGGCCCUCACUCAUUUUGAGGAGAUGGAGGUCCACGAGAAGGCCGCCUUCGACGAGGUCAUUCGCCCCGUCGAUGCCUAUGCUCCCGACGGAACCUACUGGGCUGACCUUUCUGUGGGUCAGCGCAUCAGCUUCUGUGUAUCGCAGGAUGGUGCCGAAGCCAAGAAGGAGUUUUCUUGGCUGUGGGAGAUGUUCAAGGCCGAUCCUCUGUCCCCUAUCGGCUACUACUUCAAGAAUGCUGUCCUGCCUGGUGCUGGACUGGGUCUUGAGGGUUACGUGCUCUUCUCCAUCAGCAACGUCAGCUCGCUGUUCGAAAAGUCCUUUGCUUCUUGCUGGGAUGAAUACGAGGUCUGCGACAAGAACUGGGUCGCCGCUGUCAACUACCUCGAGGUUGCUGGUAUUAUCGUUGGUCAGAUCUUGGUUGGUUUCUUGGGUGAUUGGAUUGGUCGUCGCUGGGGUCUUAUUCAGGAUGCCACUAUCAUGUUCAUCGGUCUUCUCAUGCUGACUGCCGCCUGGGGUGUCACUCAGAACGGAUGGGUCAUCUGCUACGCCUGGUCUCUCUUCUUUUACUCUAUUGGUGUCGGUGGUGAAUAUCCCAUGACUGCCACCAUUGGAAUGGAGAAUGGCUAUGGCUCUGGUAAGGUCACCACCGCUCAGGAUCGUCUGCACCGUGGUCGUUCCGUCGUCGGUGCCUUCCUGAUGCAGGGUUGGGGCCAGUUCGCCAACCAGGUCCUUCUGCUUCUGCUCCUCUUGAUCUUCCACCACGGUAGUGGUAACCCUCCCUACUCUGAGCUCGCUACCCAGUGGACUUAUCGUGUCUCCUUCGCUGUUCCCGCUGUCGGUACCGCUUGGCUCGUUUACUAUCGUGCCUACCAUAUGAAGGCUGCCAGUAAGCAGCUUGAGGCACAGAAGAAGAAAGCCGCUGUUACUGGCUACGACAUGGACUCUCUCCGUCUGACCUUCCGCCACUUUACUCCUCGCCUGGUUGCCACUGCCGGUGGUUGGUUCGCCAAUGAUGUUUUCUUCUACGGAAACAAGCUCUUCCAGAGCAAGUUUAUCAGUGUUAUCAACCCUAACACUACCAGUGUCACCACCGACUGGCUCUGGAACCUGGUCAACAUUGGCGUUGGUCUUGCUGGCUACUACUGUGCGGCUUGGUUUGUUGAUACCAAGCUCUACGGCCGCAAGUGGAUGCAAAUCGUCGGCUUCCUAAUGUGCUUUAUUCUGUUUGUCAUCCCGGCUUUCAAGUACGAGUACUACAUCCAGCCCGAGAACAUCCACUCCUUCCAGGCUAUGUACUUCCUGACAUCGUUCUUUAACCAAUUUGGCCCGAACUGCAUCACCUUCCUUGUCGCCGCCGAAGUUUUCCCCACUCCCAUCCGUGGAACUGCCCACGGCAUCUCUGCCGCUGCUGGUAAGCUGGGCGCUUUGAUUAUUGCCAUCGUCGGCUCCUACACCACCACUCAGCAACAAUUCUACAUCGUUCCCUGGUUCGGUCUCGCCGGCGUCCUUCUCACCUGGCUCUUCCUGCCUGACACCACCGGUCUGGACCUACGUGAACAGGAGCGCCGCUGGCAGUUCAUCCGUGAGGGCCGGGAGCAGGACUACCACGGCCCCGCCGUCCACCGCAAGCACCUGUCUGUCUGGGAACGCUGGACCGGCAAGGGCAAGUACUACGACGCCGACAUGGACUACAAGAUGAAGGUCCAGGAAUUCCGUGCUGAAUGGGAAGCUGCUAUGGCUGUUCGCUCUGAGGAGGCCGAGACCAUGUACGGCAGUGAUGAUAUCGAUGACAGCAUCCUACACGGCUCGAUGCACAACUACUUCGAGCGGACUAGCCCCGAGAUCCGCGGUAUGAAGAAGGAGGUGACUGAGCCUUUGACUCUGCCUGCUGCUGCCGAAGAGAAGCAGCGUCCUCUGUCUGAUGAGUAG